AACACUUGAGGAGUUCAGUGCGCAGCCAAUCGUUGACACAUUCUCGACAGCAAAUGCUCAGGCUGUACUGCAUGAAACGAAGCUGGAAGUGGGAGGGAGCACUUGGAAGCAAAACAUGGCGAAAUAACAAGUUUGCUCGUCAGACGUUGUUUUGAGGCUGGCCGCGAUAUACCGCAGUAUUGGAUUUACAGCUCCCAAGGUGCUCCAAUCCGGAUGGUGGACAUCAAGGCGACGGGCAACUUUAAAAGAGUCGAGGGCCCGGUUUAGAUUAAGUGUUGCGGGGGUUGAACGGGAACGCACCGCCCGCCCGCCUGUCUGUGUUUUUCCGGGAAGGUUGGCAUCGCUGGGCGCGACUGUCAACACAGAAAAUGGAAGAAGGAAAGUUUAUUCUAGAAGAGAUUGUUUAGUUUAGCUUGCUGUUUUAGCCGCGUUAGCUACCCAACCAAACUGCUGAAAGCGCCCACCUGUCUCGUCGGACUGCCGAAUUUGGGUUUAUCAAGAACAUUUUAACAACCGCAGACGCAUUUAAAGACACUUGUAAGAAUACCCUCGGGGAUAUUUAUUUGAGGAUUAUGGUGAUAGUUUGAUAGGCGGUUCUGGUGCGGUGCGGGCGGACCCGGACGCCAUCAAAUCAUUGCGUUCGCUUGAAAAAAUAAGAAUCACUGCGUAUCCUGGCUUUAUUACUUUCACCCAUUCUUACUCCGUCAUCAAAAACUGCAUAGGUGCCAUUUCUUUCUUCUCUGCGGAAUUCUGCCCGUGAAAACGCCUUAUUCAGACUCGAAAACGUCUUGUUAAAAUGAACGCAGCAAGGUGUUCAACAGUGGAGAUGCACUGCAAGUUCCUCGAAGGGCGCUUAAGGCCAACUUAAAGUGAAAAUUCGCUCAAAAACAAUCUAUUCGACCGACGGAAGGACGACAUUAAUUGUCCUCGGUGUUGAGGAGAAUCUACGAUGUGUUUGAUCAUCUAAGUGCUGCAACAGUUUCAGCAAACUGGACCGAUUAUCCUGAGGCAUUUAUGCGCAAUACGGCCAAUUAAGCCCACCAAAGGUGCCACCAACGGACUCCCAAAGUGCUUCUUGUGAAAAAUCUGGCUAACUUGUUCAGCUAACGUUGCAAGUUUUGGCCAGCCAUGUCUGAAAACGCCCCCACGCGAAGCCUGGAUGACAUCGACCUGGCAGCUCUGAGGGAUCCAGCAGGAAUCUUUGAGCUAGUUGAGGUGGUCGGCAAUGGGACAUAUGGGCAGGUUUACAAGGGCCGUCACGUGAAGACGGGCCAGCUAGCAGCCAUCAAGGUGAUGGAUGUAACAGAGGAGGAGGAGGAGGAGAUCAAAGCUGAAAUCAACAUGCUGAAAAAAUACAGCCACCACCGCAACAUAGCCACUUAUUACGGUGCCUUCGUCAAAAAGAGCCCACCAGGACACGAUGACCAGCUUUGGUUGGUGAUGGAGUUCUGCGGGGCUGGCUCAGUGACUGACUUGGUGAAAAACACAAAGGGUAGUUCUCUGAAAGAGGACUGGAUAGCGUACAUCUGUAGAGAAAUCCUAAGGGGCCUUUCCCACCUUCACACGCAUAAAGUCAUCCACAGAGACAUCAAGGGCCAGAAUGUUCUGCUCACAGAGAACGCAGAGGUCAAACUUGUUGACUUUGGAGUCAGUGCCCAGCUAGACAGGACUGUUGGGCGUAGAAACACCUUCAUUGGGACUCCUUACUGGAUGGCGCCAGAAGUCAUUGCCUGCGAUGAGAACCCAGACUCUACCUACGACUACAGGAGUGAUAUCUGGUCCUUGGGAAUUACUGCCAUUGAAAUGGCCGAAGGAGCACCUCCUCUGUGUGACAUGCAUCCAAUGAGGGCACUCUUCCUGAUUCCCAGGAAUCCUCCCCCAAAACUGAAAUCCAAAAAGUGGUCCAAGAAAUUUAUUGACUUUAUUGAAGCCUGCCUUGUGAAAACGUAUCCCAGCCGACCAUCCACAGAGCAGCUCCUCAAGCAUUCCUUCAUCAGGGACCAGCCUACUGAGCGCCAGGUUCGGAUUCAACUCAAAGAUCAUAUUGACCGGACACGCAAAAAAAGAGGAGAGAAAGAGGAGACAGAAUAUGAAUACAGCGGUAGUGAUGAAGAGGAUGAAAAUCGUAGCGAUGACAGAGAGUCAAGCUCUAUCCUCAAUGUGCCUGGAGAGUCAACCCUCCGCCGGGACUUCCAGCGUCUCCAGCAGGAGAACAAGGAGCGAUCAGAGGCGCACAAGAGGCAGCAGGCCCAAUUGGCCGCUCAGCGUAGGGACCCCGAGGAACACAAGAGGCAAUUGCUGCACGACAGACAGAAACGCAUUGAAGAACAAAAAGAGCAGCGUCGACGACUGGAAGAGCAACAGAGAAAGGAGAGAGAGAUGGUGAGGCAGCAAGAAAAAGGUCCCCAUCGGAGACUCGACGAUAUGAGACGGGAGGAAGAUAGAAGGUUGGCUGAAAGAGAACAGGAGUUUAUAAGACAUAAGUUAGAAGAAGAGCAGCGGCAACUUGAAAUCCUUCAGCAGCAGCUGCUUCAGGAGCAGGCACUGCUUAUGGAGUAUAAGCGUAAGCAGCUAGAAGAGCAGCGUCAGUCGGAGCGGCUGCAGAGGCAGCUUCAACAGGAGCAUGCUUUCCUGGUGUCUCUGCAGCAACAACAACAGGAAAAGAAGCCCCAACUUUACCAUUAUAACAAGAACCUAGAGCCCAACAACAAACCCACAUGGGCCCGCGAGGUGGAGGAGCGAAGUAAGCUUAACAGACAGGGCUCUCCAAAAAUCUGUACCACUGUCUCUGACACUGCCAUUCAGUCCCGCUCGGACUCGAUCAGCCAGUCUGGUGUGGGUCAGUCCGCUCAAACCCCCCCAAUGCAGAGACCCGUUGAACCUCAAGGUGGACAGGGCAAGUUCCAGAUGGCUCACUUGGUUCCUCUAAAGCCUUAUGCUGCCCCUGUCCCACGCUCCCAAUCUCUCUGCGACCAGCCUACUAAGACCAUGUCCGCAUUCCCUACCCAGGACCCCUCCCUCGCCCCCGUAGCCCGUCCUAUCCACUCCAGAGAGCUUGUGCGUCAGAACUCAGACCCCACUUCUGAGACCCCGGCACCGCAGGCACACCAAAUCAGGGAGGAUCGAGGGCCCUGGAUCCGUUUGCCAGAUGUGGAACUGCCACCUAAGAUUCCUCAAAGGACAGCAUCGAUUGCUACAGCUCUCAACACCAACCUGACUUCUGGCAUUCGGCAUCCAGUGAGAGCAAGCAAUCCAGAUCUUAGCCGAAACGAUCGCUGGGAGAGAGGUGACAGUAUUGGCAUGAUACCUAAUCUACCACAGACGGGCUCGUUGGAGAGGCAUCGCAUCCUCACUUCUUCCAAAAUGGAUUCACCCAUUCUGUCCCGUGAUAAUCGUCAAAAGCCAGGGGAGUCUCGCACAUCCUCUCGUCCAGGUCGUCCAGCUAGUUACAAGAGAGCCAUAGGAGAGGACCAUGGUCUCUUUGCCAAAGAGCGUGCUGAAGAGCAGCCAAGGCCUCCGGUGAAGGCCAAUGAUUACUCCUCUUCUUCGGAGAGCAGCGAGAGUAGUGAGGAGAGUGAAAAUGGAGAGGGAGUUGAAGAUGAAGAGAGUCCUACCGAUCGUCACAGGGACGCAGACACAGAUUCGGUUAACACUAUGGUGGUUCACGAAGAUGAGGGCGAGGAGGGAGAAGGAGAGCAAGCUGGAGGUUAUGGAGAUCAGACAAUGUUGGUGCAGAGGACUCCAGAGAAGCGGAGCCACAAUGGAUACACUAACUUGCCGGAUGUGGUGCAGCCCUCUCACUCCCCCACUGAUUCCGCCACACACUCUUCCCCUGGGAAGGACUCUGUGUAUGAUUAUCAGUCCAGAUGUUUGGUCAAGGCACCUGGCAAGUCCUCCUUUACCACCUUUGUGGAUCUUGGAAUGUACCAGACACCAGGAGGUACUGGGGAUAACAUCUCCGUUACCAGCUCAAGAUUUGAACAGCUAAAGAUGGAGGUGAGAAAAGGGUCUAUGGUGAAUGUGAAUCCCACCAACACACGGCCCCCAACCGACACACCUGAAAUCCGAAAGUAUAAGAAGAGGUUCAACUCUGAGAUCCUGUGUGCAGCGCUUUGGGGUGUGAACCUGUUGGUGGGAACAGAGAAUGGUUUGAAGUUACUCGACCGCAGCGGGCAGGGCAAAGUUUAUCCGCUCAUCAACUCGCGCAGGUUCCAGCAGAUGGAUGUUUUGGAGGGUCUUAACCUGCUCAUCACCAUUUCAGGCAAGAAAAACAAGGUGCGUGUUUACUACCUGGCCUGGCUGAGGAAUAAGAUCCUCCACAAUGACCCUGAAGUGGAAAAGAAGCAAGGCUGGACCACUGUGGGCGAGAUGGAGGGCUGUGUGCACUAUAAAGUCGUGAAAUACGAGAGGAUAAAGUUCCUGGUGAUUGCUUUGAAGAAUGCUGUGGAAGUAUAUGCUUGGGCACCCAAGCCUUAUCACAAAUUCAUGGCCUUUAAGUCCUUUGCAGACCUCCCACACAGGCCUGUCCUUGUUGACCUGACUGUAGAAGAGGGUCAGAGGUUAAAGGUUAUCUACGGUUCCUGUGCCGGCUUCCAUGCCAUCGAUGUGGACUCUGGGAACAAUUACGACAUUUACAUCCCGGUUCAUGUAAGUUGCGCAGCUUUCAAGUCGUACCACAGAUUGGAAUUUGGCUUUGCUGGUGAACAGAUCCAGAGCCACGUGACUCCGCACGCAAUCGUGUUCCUGCCCAGUUCUGAUGGCAUGGAGAUGCUUCUGUGCUACGAGGAUGAGGGCGUCUACGUCAAUACGUAUGGACGCAUCAUAAAGGAUGUGGUCCUGCAGUGGGGAGAAAUGCCCACAUCUGUUGCUCAUAUCUGCUCCAAUCAGAUCAUGGGUUGGGGAGAAAAAGCCAUUGAGAUCCGAUCUGUGGAAACUGGCCACCUGGACGGCGUCUUCAUGCACAAGAGAGCUCAAAGGCUUAAGUUCCUUUGUGAGAGGAAUGACAAGGUGUUUUUCGCUUCAGUGCGAUCGGGAGGAAGCAGCCAGGUGUACUUCAUGACCUUGAACAGGAACUGCAUCAUGAACUGGUGAAUGAACAGCUGCUCUGCUCUAUCUGGAGCCAGCGGGAGAUGGAAGUGCAUCCAACAUUCUCAGACACAAUGAAUGAGCAUUCACAGUGUGUGUGUUUUUGUAUAUACAUAUUUAAAAUAUAUAUAUAUAUAUAUAAAUGCACACAUACGUUGAUGAAAAACUCACAACGGUAGUUUUCUUUUUUCAAUUCAGAUCACAUUCAUGGCCCAAAAAUAACAAUAAUUUAUCACCGUACUUGUCACGAGAAAUCAUUGAUUGAUCACCAAUUGUUUAUAGCAUUUAUUAGUUUCUACUGGUUUCAUUCUUGUCCUUAUUCCCAUUACUUGGUGGACCAUGCUUUCUUAAAUGUUUAGUUUCUAAUUGUGAAGUACUGUACAUUCCUAGAUGGUUCUCCAGGUAUAGAAGGAGUUAUUUACCAACACUGUAUGUUGAAAUUGAGCUGUAUUACUACGUCAGUCACCAAAUCAUUUACAGAUCUCUCCCAGUAUAGCUGCCAUUUGUUGUGAUAACACACAGCACAGGCGUAGAAAAUGCUGGUAUACCCAUCUGCUGUGGCUUAUCUCCCGGUUGUUUCGGGGAUCGCAAGAAUUUCACGCAGGCUUAAAGGCCUUAGUGGGAAAGGGAAAUUUGGGGCCAGCUCAUCCAAAAAGAGAGUGCAUCUGGGAGUUCUGCUUUUGCUCACGUCACAGUCAGUGCAGAUAAGCCUUCCUUCACUUAGAAAGUCGUCAUAACUGUGCAGUACUCGGUGACAGUACUGUGAAACGUCUUUGCUUCUUUUCUUCAGGCGGGGCAAAGCGGUUCGCCUCAAACUUGUAUCUAACAUUUUCAUAGAUUUACCACAAAUUUGAUAUUUAUAUGUAGUGAUUCUGAAUUACUGGUAUUCUUGAUUUUGCUCUACUGUAAUUAUAUUUCAAUAUAUCCUGUUAUUGUGAAGUCUUUGUUUGAGGAGAUUGUGUUAGUGUAUGUGGCUGAUCGUGUUAAGCCAGUGUGAUGAUAUCAUUUAACAGCGGUUUGCUAUACUCUCAAAUAAUCCAGUUGUUACGUGGAACUGUUCUAAACAGCACUGCACCACAGCUAAUAUUUGUUCUGAGCUGAUAGACAUGAUUUUAGUGUAACAAAAGAACUCAUAAGGAUGGAUUUCUUUAUGUGUAUUUUGCUGAAGGUCAUGGUACUGUAUGCUCUGCUGCAUGGGGGAUGAUUACAGGUCAAAGUGUUUGAUCUUGACAAAUUGAGAAGACUCUUAGCCCCCAGAUAACCAAACAGUCUUCUCCAUUCUCUGUGUAGUGACACUGGUUUUCAGAUAGAAGAGAUUUUGACAGCAUUAGCUAGGCCGACAUAAAGCGCUAAGCUUUAUAUCAUGAAGAGUUGCCGCAAAAUUGCAAAGAGUUGUUCAUAAAGAGGGAGUUGUCGCACUAUAGCACAUUGUGUGUCAUGUGGUGCAUGUCGUUUCUUCAGACGUUGAUGGAUUGCGAAGCCAAAAGUGAUGAAUACACAAAGAUGAAAAUGUACAAUAGCUCGAGUGCAUGUAAGCCAUUGAACUAUUAUAAGCUAUCAAUUAAUCCCCCCACCCUUUUUUUUUUUUAAAGAGUUUGUUGCCAUGGCCUACAUUUCAUACAGAACUGUUGUCAUGUGUUUUUUGGGUUUAUUUUCUCAACUUGCCAUGUUUACAGUUAAUGCAGUGCCUUGGAGUUGGAAUAACAAUAUUAGAAGAUAUUAUAGGAUGAUUUCGAGCCUUGCCCCCAGUCUCUUAUUAACCGGAAGAAGUGGCGUAUAUCUACUCUUGUAUUGAUUGUUGUCAUCAUGGGGCGCCGUUUGUAAAGCAGCACAUGCUGAAAAUUACGACAUUUUCUCACAUUUAGCGCCACACAGUGUUUAAAAUGGUGUGAAAUUUUUAGUCAACUUUUUAAAAAAAAAUUUUUUAUUUAACAACUUAAAUAUUUAUUUUUAAGAAGUUUUGGACCUCAGUGUUUAAAUCCAGAACUAAAUAUUUAAUUUAAAUCUCAAAUUUAUAUCCUAUAUCCUGAAUGUUAAAUCAGGAAACGGUCAGAACUAAAUAUUUAGUUUAAUAUGCAAAUUCACAUGACUGGAGACCGGAAGUAACAAAAUACAAGCUGGUGGAGCAGUGGCCUAUACUACGAAGCCGGUUUUCUUGCGUAGCAGGGUAACUUCGAGAGUAACUUCCAUCACGUGCGACCUAAGUUCGCAGCUAAGCGAGACUACGAAAGGCAGAUAUGUUGGAACCGAGAAGUGUUGCCAUAGCAACACACGCCACACGCCAAACCUGGUCGUCUCAGAGUUAGAUCUUGCUUAACCCCAGAAUUCUAAUUAACCACGCUAAAUUUAAACAGCACUCCUCCGCGGACGUGUCCUUCUGACAAUGACAGCGUACCUGGACGACCCAUACGACAUUGGCGCGCGGAUUGUGAGGGGCUCUCUUCGGAGGGCACGGGUUUUUGGAGACCGCCAGAAUCCGCUGGGGUACCCGGAAGAUGUUCUCCAUGAAAGAUAUAGAUUUUCAGCUGAGGGAAUUCUUUACCUGUGCCAACUGAUCGAGGCGGACGACACUAAUGUAACCCGCCGAAGUCAGGCCCUCACAACCACGCAGAUUGUGUGCCUGUCCGUGCGCUCUUUAGCCAGGGACAAUAUAUGUAUUCCAUUGGUGAUGCUGAAUAUCUGCGUAAGAACACUGUAUGCUGUGCGAUUCGGAGUGGGGUAUGGAAACGCUUCAAAUUAAUUGUUGAAAUCGCUGAAUGUAAACGAACGCGGAGCUUUGCUCUCAUACAAGAAAUAUAUCUAACAAACUUUUCCAGCAUUAUUUCGUUGUGUAAAUGCAUUUAUGAUAAUCAUAGAAAUAUGUAGACUAUUUAAACAUUGAGAAAACUUGUGUUUUUUUCUGCCAACUCGAAGAGAUUAAAUGUCAAAUCCACUGAUAGGACAGACGCACAAAUAUAAAAGAUAUAAAUGUUUAUUGAAUAUGCAUCUUACAGUCUUGUUUAACUGUGAAAAUUCGUUACAAAAGACGGGCUUUAAUUUACGCAACAACACAUUGCAUUCCCGUAUUUCCUUCUUCACCUGAGUCCUCACAAAUAUAACAUAAAAUUUUGGGGGGUGGGAUGGAGCGGGAGUCGGGCUUAUUUUACGUAAAUAUGUCGAAGUAUGAUGCUAGUCUGUCAGUCAAUGUGGCGUCCGCCAUAUGUAAACAGAGCUUUUCCGGUUAAAAUUCUUGUGAAUAAAUGCUUGUGAAUAAACGCGCAAACCCCUGAAUUCUUUACAGAUAUGGACGUAAACAAUCUCGAUUCUUGGUUAAAAGCAACAAAAAAAAAAAAAAUGCAGUUAGCAUUUAUUUUAUGUAAAUAUGUCGAAGUAUGAUGCUAGUCUGUCAGUCAAUUUGGUGGACUGGCGGCCGCCAUAGGUAAACAGAGCUUUUCCGGUGAGAAUUCUUGUGAAUAAAUGCUUAAAUAAAUUGUUCAUAGAUAUGGUUGUAAAACACUCUUUUCUUGAUUAAAAGCAAAAAACCAUGCAGGUACCAUUUAUUUUGCGUAAAAAUUGCGAACUAUGAGGCUAGUCAGUAAAUUAGCGGCUGGCAUAUGUAAACAGCUUUUUCCGCUGAAAAUUCUUGUGAAAAAAAAUGCUUAAAUCCCUGAAUUCUUUAUAGAUAUGGACGUAAACCUUGUUAAUAGAGCAAAAACCCGGGCAGUAAGCAUUUAUUUUACGUAAAUAUUGCGAAGUAUAAUGCCAAUGCUGUAGCGGCUAAUUUCUUCUAUUGAUAUUUUUUCACAAAGUUUCAAAAUGCAUGCAUGGUCCGAAAAAUAAAAUAAUUACCUUGAAUCCUUGAACAAACCACUCCUGAGACAAUCCCUUCUGUCUGUAUGCGUACAGCUUUCGUACUUUUUCAUCCUAAAUUGGCCAUUGGAUCCCUGCAUGUGCUGACUAACUGCGACUGACUGCGAAUAACUGAACUGAUUUAAAAAUAAAUUGAAAUACCUGUGCUUGGCCUCAAAUGAUAUUUAAAAAAGAAAAUGAGGAUCUAAGUACAACAAAAGAAUAUUUGGCUAACUUGCAAAUCAAAAGUCCGCUAGCUUAAAUGCUAUAAAAUGCUAACUUUUUUUUUUUUCGUUCACACAUAUUGCAAAUCAAAAGGCCGCUAGCUUGAAUGCUAUAAAAUGCUAUAUUCCCACAAAACACUGCUAAAUAUACUUAAAUACACUAUGCUAAAAAGGAAUGCAUAAACAAACAUAUUAGCUUGCGGUUUUUUCUGCCAACUUGAAGAGAUUAAAUGUCAAAUCCACUGAUAGGACAGACGCACAAAUAUAAAAGAUAUAAAUGUUUAUUGAAUAUGCAUCUUAGUCUUGUUUAACUGUGAAAAUUCGUUACAAAAGACAGGCUUUAAUUUACGCAACAAUGCGUGGCAUUCCCGUAUUUCCUUCUUCUCCCGAGUCCUCUGAAAUAUAUAACAUAAAAUUUUGGGGGCUUGGGGGGGGGGGUCGGGCUCGGGCCUGCAAAUCAAGUUAAUUGAUCAGGCUCGGGUCGGGCUGGAUUUUUUUAGGCCCAAACUAAAAAAAAAGGACAUACGUAUUCAUACAGUCAAUGGGACUAAACAUACAAUCAUCCUGCUUCAUGUGGUGAUGCGCAAUAAAUUAUUUCUUACUGUUAACGUACCAAAUCUUAUUUUAUUGUCCUGACAGAAGGCUUUAUUUCUUUUCAUGGACAUAAGUAAACUGGCAUAUUGACGCAUUCACAAAUCACACGAUCUGCAAAUUUGCUGUCAACAGACCAGUCGUGCUCUACUCGCCGAAGCGGUGUUGGAUUUCGCGGUGAGGGUGGAUUUUUAAUUCCUCAUAACUCCGCAUGAUCAUCGCGCAUUCCUCCUCCGUGAAGUAAGUUGCCCGUGCCAUCGUCACAAGUAGUGUUUGACUCUGGUCUCCGCCCCCUUUUAUGUGAACGCGCAGUAACUCUGACUGGGUUGAUGCAGGUUCGACUAAUCAACCUCAUAAUCAGCGUCGUUGCACCGAUUGACCACAAACUAGACAACCAGGUUUUGUCAACUCCGGUUACCCACUGGUAAACUGGAUUACUUCUGGGGAGUUCGUAGUAUUGGCCACAGCUCAGACUGUCUGUUUACGUUGCUUGAAAAUGAAUAAAACCUACUCAACGGUGACAGUCUGCGAUAAUAACAAUAUAUAGGUGAAAUACAUAUUUAGGCGAAUCUAUUUAAAGAGUAUUUUGUGUGCUCCAGCUUUUAUUUUGUUACUUCUGGUCUCCAGUCAUGUGGAUUUGCAUAUUAAACUAAAUAUUUAGUUCCAACCGUUUCCAGAUUUAUUAUUAGGAUAUAGGAUAUAAAUUUAAGAUUGAAAUUAAAUAUUUAUUUCUGGAUUUAAACAUUCAGGUCCAAAACUUCUUAUUUAAAAAUUGAUAUUUAGGUUGCUAAAUAAUGUUGUAAAUGUGCAAAAAAAGGUGACUCUAAAAAUUUUAACACGUUUUCAACACUGUGUGUUACUAAAUGUGCAAAAAUGUCGUCAUUUUCAGCAUGUGCUGCUUUACAAACGGCGCCCCAUAUGUCAUCUACCCCUUAAAGUGCACUUAAAUCAUUUGAAAACAGGAUUAUUCGAUGAGUAAUCAAUCUGAAAUUGGCAAUAACAAAGUGAUAAAUGUUCAGUUAUUCCCUUGAAAACUUUGGGGAAUUUCAAGAGUGGGAGCCAGCAUAGAGCAAAGCCAUACUUGUAAAAUGUGUUUAGUGACAUCCGCUCAGACAGUAUAUUGUCACAACGAUGAUAAGGUAAUGUAAGUAAUGGGGAAAGUAGCUGGACUAUAUUUAGAGUAGUUUAUUUUAUAAAAAGAAAUAUAUAUAUAUGUAAAUUAGUCUGAGAAAUAGUGAAUGUACAUCCGUCUAAUAGAGAUUUGUAUUCUAUAAAAACGUGUGCCGCUCUAUUAGUCUAAGCACAAUGUGAAACGAUAUAUUUUCUCAGUUGGUCGUCAGGUAUGAACAAGUCAAUUGUGUGGGUGUGGAUUAGGUCAUGUUGGUAGAUAGGAUAGGACGCUCAAGGUGACUUGUGAGGUGUUGCACACCCUUUGUAAUGUGCCCAGGCAGUGAUAGAAACAAACAACAAAACAUCGCUUGAGGGCUCUUGCUUUAGAAGUAGAAAUGUCAUCAAUCAUCCAGUUCAUCUACAGCUUCAUUCGGAGAGAUUUUUCUCUAAAAUCAGUACACUGUGGCAUAACACACUCCGCCUGGUAUUCUGCACAAAUGACCACAGGUGACAGUUUGAAGAUUCACUAGAGACAUAAUAGAAAGAAGAUCCCAAGUGGGUGUCAAGGACUUUAAAAUUCUUCACAACAAACUUAUUUACGGUAGUCUUUUAUCUGAUGCAUGUCAAAGCACAGUGUAAAAUCCAGUUUCCUGGAAUAAUUCAGGCUUCCUGAUUAACGUUUUUUUCUUUUUUUUUUUUUACAUGAAAUAUGAGCGCUAUUGAAAAAUUCAGGGUCGCACAAUACAAAUUAGAGGUCGACCGAUAUGGGAUUUUCAAAUGCUGAUACCGAUAUCUAAAAAAAGAUAUCAGCCGAUUGCCGAUAUACAUAAGUCAAUUUUGUAAGCAGAUAUUUGAGACCACUAAUUUUUUUCUAAACGCAUGUACGUAGAUUAUGAGAGGCAGUUUUAAAAAAAAUUGCUUCAGAUUCACAAUGACCUGAGAUUAAAAGGAUUAAUUCGGUCUAGUGCCACCAAACCAACGAACGCAGUACUUCUUUUUAUCAUUACAGUGAUCCCUCGCUACUUUGCGCUUAAAACUUCGGACCCUCAGUCCAUCGCGGAUUUUCUUUCAUUUAACAAAGAAAUAAAUACAGAUGAGCUGUCCCAAUCCGAUCACAUAGUCUCUCACUCUCCCUCCUGCCGCUUUUCUUGGUCAGGCAGUACACUGAAGUUGCUUAUUCAAGUUAACGAUGAUUGAAAGACGUUAAGUUUUGGUCUUGCCAAAACGUGAAAACACCGUAUGUGUCAAUCAUCAUGUAGUUGUUAAACAGUUGCUGUGGCAACUCAUUGUGUGUAAGUGAACAGCUUGAGUGGAUUUGAGUGGACUCACUCAAUGAAGCAUUUAAUAAAAACAAGCAUUUUCUACUUUAUUCUUAUUUAAAAAUAAUUCGGUGGGACAAUGAUAUGUUUAAAACUUAAUUAUUACAUUUGAAGUACUUAACUCAUUCACUCCCAGCCAUUUUCACCGGAGCAAGGCCUUCGCUCCUGGCCGUUUUACUGGAUUUUGACUGAUUUUGCAACGCCCACAGAAAAUUCUGUUCUAUAGCUAUAUAAACAUGGAACCCACCAAAAGAAAGAUUAGACUAAGACUAAGUAAGUUCAUAUUUUUUUCCAUUCUUUAGAAAUCAGCAUUAGAAAAUAGCUUAGUUUGAGCGAUUUUCCAAUUUCUGAUGAAAAAAUGGAGAAAAUGAGCUUUUUCUAAACGCAUACAUUUCAAACAUAACUAUGACUUUAACGCAGCUAUUUUUUGCUUUAGUUAUAUCCCAAACAUCUGAAUAAUGUUUUCAUUUUACAAAAUAACAAACAACCAGACAAAUAGAGCUUUUGAUAGGAAAGUAACUAUUUAUUCACACAUAACUGAGAGAUGACGCUUGGUGGCCGCGACAGCGGGUUAAACUUUUCCCUCAUUGCCGCCUGUCUUGUAAAGAUGGAUUUUUUUUUUUUGUCUUUGGUUUGUGGUGACCACUGCCUCGUUUGCCUGGCGAACUUGUGUUCCUGGGGGGGAAGUGGUUUGGCCGUGCGCGUUUCCGUGCGGGACACUGGAGGGUGCAGGGGACACUAGCGGCGAACCUGCAGAGCGGGCUCUGCUAGGCGAGCAGCACGGUCACAACUACGCUGUACUGGUUGAAUCGGGUUGGGGGGGUCUUACCAAAUGCGCUACUUCCCUCCAGUGGCCAGUUUUAUUGCUUUCAAAUGGGUUAUGAGUCGUGUGCAUUCUAUCUAAGAUACAUGGGAACCUGUAGAUGGCGAUUGUGGAAAAAAAAAACGUAAAAGAUGUAUAAAUGCGUUUUUGGGACACUGAAGCAAUUAAAAAUAGAACGUAUUGAUACGUUUUUGGGAGCAAAUGAGUUAAAAACCAUUUAUUGAUAUAUGUAUACUAAGGGUGUCAAACAAUUAAAAUUUUUAAUCGAGUUAAUUACAGUUUAAAAAUUAAUUAAUCGCAAUUCAAACCAUCUCUAAAAUAUGCCAUAUUUUUCUGUAAAUUAUUGUUGGACUGGAAAGACACAAAAUGGAUAUAUACAUUCAACAUACGGUACAUACGUACUGUAUUUCUUUAUUAUAACAAUAAAUCAACAAGAUGGCAUUACCAUUAUUAACAUUCUGUUAAAGCGAUCCAUGGAUAGAAAGACUUGUAGUUCUUAAAAGAUAAAUGUUAGCACAAGUUAUAGAAUUUUUUUUAUCAAAACCCCUCUUCAUGUUUUCGUUUUAAUAACAUUUGUAAAAUGUUCAAUCAAAAAAUAAACUAGUAGCCCGCCACUGUUGAUGUCAAUAAUUACUUACACAAUGCUCAUGGGUGCUGAAGCCUAUAAAAUCAGUCGCACCCAAGCGCCAGCAGAGGGCGGCAAAACUCCGAAAAACACAACAAGUACACCUUUCACUGUGCUCUCAUUUUAAUCUGUUUGAGCGGGGCAUUUGUGCAUUAAUUGCGUCAAAUAUUUUAACAGGAUUAAUUUAAAAAAUUAAUUACCGCUCGUUAACGCGAUAAUUUUGACAGCCCUAAUGUAUACAUACAGUAUAUAUAAAUGUGGUUUUAAUUAUACAUUGGGGAAAAAAAGUGAAAAAACAUGUCUUAUACGUAUGUAUUUCUUUCCAAUGCUAAAUAAUGCUGAAUAAAUACAUUGAACACACACACACACACACACACAAAAAGGGGGGGGGGGGGCGUGCUACUUCGUGGUUUUUCACUUAUUGCGGCGGGUUCGGGUCCCCAUUAACCGCGAAAAACUAGGGAUCACUGUAUACACGUUAUUGUUAUUUUUAAAUAGUUAAACCCACCAGGACGUCACGAUGAGAUGUAAACAAGUGAGAGUUUAAGAGGAUGCGCGCCAUGUUAAAGCUAAUGCUAACGUAAAUGUUACUCUUACAAUCCUAGUUGCAUUUAGAGUGUAAGGAUAACUCUGUAAACUCCUUAAAAGGGUAAAGUAACAUUACAUAUUCUCUCAUGCAAGAUAAAAAAAAAAAUCAUACAAUAUUUAAAAAACAAGCCUGAAGCUUCCUGUAGCAGCCUAGCUUAGUCUGACUGCAGCCCAGAGCCAAGUGACAGCCACUACAAACCAUGCCUCAUUGAAACCACACCCCCUACAAACCACGCCUGCUGUUAGUACGGUAGCGCCAAGAAUUUGUUUACUAUGUGACGUUCAAAGGGUUUUUGGAACAACAGGCCCUUGCUCAAUUCCUUACCCUAAAAAUAAGAUAUUGCAGACACGGGCGUGCGUUAGCAUAACUAGAUUGUAACCUUUGCUAUGUUUGGAAGUCAUUUAUUGUGGUGAAUCAACCGUUAAAGUGGUUAAAAUUGCUCCCGUUAUUGAAUUAUUGAUUUAUUUCCCUUCCGUCUACUUUUGACAUAUGAAAGUGUCAAAAGUUUCAGCAUUUAAACCAACAUUAGGUAACUUUUCAACCUUUAUAAAAUAUUUUAUAAAGAUUAUAUUUGUAAUGAUAUGUCGAAUGACAACUAGCUGAAUGCCACCUCUAUUAUAUCUUGAGGGGGUCUGUAUUGUUUUCACCGGCACAAAUUAACUUUGAGGAGGGUGGUAGGAACCCUGCCACAAAAAAAAUACUACAAAUGUGCCAACUGCUUUACGGCAUACGUCGCUUCCCCUUUCAUGAUAAAGAUUGAAGUCGAUGCAAAUUCUUUAGUGCAAAUUCUGCAACGAUGGCAGAAAGGAUACUCAAGAAUAAACAUUGGCCCGGCUUCCACUCGCUGGUGCGACACUCCCCUCAACAGAACUCGUCAGUGCUUACGAGUUCGGGUGGGUGAGGUGUUUCGCCACACGGUUGCUAACUGUCAUAUGCUAUUAUUUAUCCACAACUGAAUUCAUUACCUUAUUACUAUUCAUCCUUCACACAGCCAGUGGAAACAGAAAUGUCGUUUAUUCCAUCUGCAGACGACCGGGAGAUCAUGAUUUUACCACACUGUGCGGAUGUGCGCUGGUCCUCAUGGGAAACGCAGUCUUACUUAAGGCAAAACACUACCGCUUUUGUCCACCGGUGUCGCUAAUAUCGAUCAAAACUGAAAGGUUACCUAGUGGCGCUUUCAGGAUAGAUUCAAGAUUUUGUCGAUUUAGGAGAAUUUGAGAUAAAAAGUUACUCAUCUUAGGUUUGCUACAUAAGAGCCUGUCUGAGAAGUCUCCUGCUUUGAGAUGGCGGCUGUUUACUAACGCUGCAGAAUCUGUCAUUUCGCAUCUAUUUGUGUAUGGCGGAAAACACUCAGGUGACUUAAAGUUCCGCUCCAAGACCCCCAAUUUGGCCAAAUUUCAAAAUUGUCUGAUAUGCACGUGUGAUACAUCAUUGGAAAGCUUAAAAUCUCAAUUGUCUGGGGGGGGAAACAUUUUGAACAGGAGGGCAUUUAAAAAAAAAAAAAGAGAAAAAACCUUCAUUGGAGGUGAGAGCAUGAGAUAGCAUAAUUAAAGACGCCAUGAUUUUAACAAGAUAUUAUCCCAUACUUAUCUUGUUUUUAUCCAAGAGCUCCAUGUAGCAUGUAUCACAGAGUGUCAAGACCAGUGUUGUUAAUCUUACUGAAAAAAAGUAAUUAAUUAAAGUUACAAAUUACUUCUCCCAAAAAGUAAUUGCGUUAAUAACUCAAUUACCUGAAUGUAAGAGUAAUUAGUUACUUGGCAAAGUAAUUGGUGAUAAUUACUUUUUUUUUUUUGUUCCCUCAAAAAAAAAAAAAAAAAAAAAUUUUGGCCACACUAUGUGAAGUUUUUUGUGGAGGUUUUUGGUACAAUUGGCCCGAGCCCAAUUCUUUACCCUAAUUUACCCUUUACCCUGAAUCAACUGUUAAAAGUUGUUAAAAUUGCUCCCAUUAUUGCAUUAGUUCCCUUCUCUCUACUUUCGACAUAUGAAAGUUUUAAAACUGUUUCAUCAUUUAAAGAUGGAUUCAAGUCAAGAUUUUGCCGAUUUAGAAGUAUUUUAGAUAAAAAGUUACUUAGGUUCGCUAGGAAGGUUCUCUACAACAGAGCCGUCCUAAAAAGCCUACUGCUUUAAGAUGGCGGCUGUCUACUAACGCAUUUAGUGCCAUGUCUGUCAUUUUGCAUCUAGUUAUAUCUAUGUACAGUACAUGUGAUAUCUACCAUGUCUACCAUAUCUACCAUAACAUGCGGGCGUAGUUUGAAGGCUAUCGGGUACAACAUGUAUUAUUGGAGCUACCUAGCAUCGCGUUUGCUCGGCGUCACAACUUUCUUGCCUCCUCCCCGCUCCUGCUCUGCUCUGUCGUCUCGGUGAGUCCGUCUCCCCCAGACUUUUCGACCAAUAUAGUAACGCAUAGUAACGCAUGCCUUUCCGUCCUCAGUAACGGUAACGGCGUUGCCAAGAUGAGAAAAGUAAUUAAUUAGAUUACCCACUACUGAAAAAAAUAACGCCGUUAGUAACGCCGUUAUAUUGUAACGCCGUUAUUAACAACACUGGUCAAGACAUAGAUGUGAAUGGCCACAGCCGGAUUUUUGGGGGAUUUUAUGGGUAUGGGAUUUUUAUGGGAUUUUAUAUGGUAAUAUAACAAGGGUCGCGAUACAGAAAUCGCAGACAUCAAGGAGUGGUGGAGAUGUUCUUUUUCAUAUAUUUACCCUUUCAAACUUUUUUUUUUUCAAUUUGUCUUUGGAUCGAUUAUUUAUCCAACAUAUUGGGGAAAAUGUGACAGUAACAAAAAAAAUACAAUUAAGCAAUAGUUAUGAGGUAGAUAUCUGUGACUUAUUUACAGACACCAUUUAUUCCAUUGUGACGUAAUUUGUUUAAAAGUUCAAGAUUACGAGUGAAUAAUUUAAUUUAUUUUUUUUUUUAAUGAAAUAUUAGACAUCAAUUCAUGAUUCUAAGCUAAAAAUCACAUACAUUAUGAAUCAUAAAUAUAAUUACUUCUUUUUAUGGCUAGGUUGAAACAAAAGCGGUUGCGCGACGUCUGUAAAUGGGAGUUUUCAGGGUCAAACUGACAAAUUAAAAAUAGUUCGGAGGUUUAGUGCGCCAUGAAUCUGCUAUGGCAGCAUAUAGACAUAUUGUUCUAUCAAACACAACAGUUCUUGGCUUAAAAUACAGCAGUUUAUUUUAAAGAGGGGUGCAAGAGCAGAAACUGCUUCUUCAGUCUUGUCUGUGUUUUCUGCCAUAUACAUGUGAUAUCUCAGACGCUACCACCAUAGCAUCAUGUGGGCGUAGUAUGUCGGGACGUGGUUUGUAGUAGGCAUGAUUUGUAGCGGCUGACACUUGGCUAUUAGCUGCAGUCAAGUAUUGUUACUUCAAGCUGCUGGGGGUUCCUUCCGGGGUCCUACCGUCAGUUAGCGCCGGCCACAGUUGACCACACAGAUACCUUGGAGUGGGAACCUCUUUGUACCUCAUGAUACGAUACGAUUUGCGAUACAAAGCUCACGAUAACGAUGAUCUGACGAUAUGGCGAUACAACGAUUAUCGAUACAUUGGUCAGGAAAUCAUUCUAGGAUAUACUACAAACAACUAAUAAACAGAAAAACAAGCUUUUGCUGUGAAUUGGAAUGAGUUUAUCACUAGUAGACGUCCAAUCCGUUUGAACUGCCAUCCCUCCCACUUCAAACGGAUUGAAAGCCUAUGACCAGUAGUUGCAGCCAAUGCCAGGCAAUGAGGUAAUUUUGGGAUAUUUAAGGUCAUGUACCUGAUGAUUUUCAGUUACUUCCUGUUGAUUUGGGGGUAUUUUAUGGGUCUCUCCCUGUUUAUUUAGAGUUACAGAACAGGAAAUGGCCUGGGAAUCAUCCAAAUAAAUAGGCAGUGACUCAAACUCAACAGAAAAUGACCUGUAAAUACCCUAAAAUGAACAGCAAGUGACCUGGAAAUGCCCUGAAAAUCGGGACAGAAUGACUGUGACUCUGGUUUCGAAUGAACGAACAUUCCCAGUCUAUAAGGAUUGGGCGUCGAGCACCGUCAAUGCAGCCUUAGAGUUAACUGAGACACUAUUAUGGUGGAAGAUUUUGGUAGCAACUUUUUGGUUCCUUUUUAUUAUAAAUUUUUUAAGACAUUGACACCGCUUUAAAACGGUAUCUCGAUUCUUGGCAGGAGCAUAUCAAUAACCUUUUGGGAUACAAAGUAUCACGAUAUAUCACCAUUUCAAUAUUUUGUCACACAACUACGAGAUACCUGAUCAAAAUUGUUUUUUUGCGGGGGAGGGGAGUCCAUAUAUCGGUCAACCUCUAAUACAAAUUGACUCACCAAGUAAUUUUAUUUACAUUUACAGUCAGGAGCUGAAGUUUUUCAAUAACCCAAAAUAUUUGUCGGCUAAUUUACUGGUCUCACAUGCGGUAGUAGAUGAAAAAUUUACUUGCACUUUGUGAAAUUUAAAAGGCAGUCUGUUAUUGUAUAAUUUUGUCUAUAUUCAGAGAAGUAAGUGUUCAGGUCGCACUUUAUUUGUCUGUAUUGUUAUCAAAUGUCAUUCAGUAGUUGUUCAACUGAUUAAUUCUCAUCACUAAAACCUGAUGUUGUGUGGAUUCCUUUAUUUUUUUGGGAGGUAGGGGGUGCCGCCCCUAGGCAUACAAUGUCUGGCCGUGCAGUUCGUUUUUUGAAGUUCCAUUUUGUUUACAAAAACCAUCUCAAAAAAAGAAAUCUAUCUUAAUUGUUAACAUUUUAGUGAAAUGAUUACAUUGCUUCUUCAUCUGCAGCUAGCUCUUAAUUGAUUUAGUUCAUCGCUAAGUGGCACCGGACUGGGUCGUCAUGUCCCUUCAGAUACAUGCCAAGAGCCUUCAAAGCUUGACAUGAGCGGUAAGACUGUUUCUGGGUAAUUAGGAUGCAUGAACGUGUGAGAACAAGCAAUAGAAGCAUUUGAUCAAUUCAUCCCAGUGUGGGCUUCAGGAAGUGAAUAGUUAGCAGCCAGGAUGUUGGCUGGUUGGUGAAUCACUCAUUAUGAAUAUUACUUGUUCCUACAAAGUAUAGAAUUUAAAAAAAAAAAAAAAAUCUUUCGUUGCAUUGAGGAGAUUCUGGCUUUUCUGUGUUAACUUCACACAAUCAGCUGUGAUGCGCAAUCUUUUACUAUUACAGAAUCCCUCAUUUUCUUUGAGUCAGUGAUAAAUGGAUUGAAGCUCAUAAUUUACAGGAGCUUGUGAAGCCAACGGAAAACCGGACAUUUGAACAUUAAACCUUUUUUUUUUUUUUUUUUUUUAAUGGCGGUAAACAUUGCAGUGUUUUAGUUUGCAGAUGUUUCUUAUUUGUGAGAGGUUAACUCCAGAGUGUAUUUCAUAAGCGCUUUAAAACUUUCAAAUGAUUGUGUUCAUGUCUAAUGCAGAAUAAAAAUCUAUUCAUCUCA